CUUAUCUUAUCGCACGCGUCACCGCCGAGUGCAAGAUAAAAUAACGCUCCGGAGAACUGCGCAGCCGUCUCGACGUGCCAAACCUGCCUGGGCUGUCUCUCGGAAAAGGGAGACGUCGUGAAAAAGACAACGUUCGGUUGAAUUUCGCAAAGUGAAAACUCUAAAGCACGCCGUCGGGUGAUGGUGACGUCGACAUGAGCGGACCGCACCUUUCUUCCUGGGUUGUCCUGGUGCUCGCCCUACUCGGUGCAGCCAGUGCACAGAUCCUCUUCUACUGCACCGAGGGGGCGUGCAAGGCCGGCUGUAAGCCCGUCGAUUGCGACGGCGGACGCCUCAUUCAAAAUGCCACGACGUGCGGCUGCUGCCCCAUCUGCGUCAAGCCCCUAGGAGAAGGUGCUCGCUGUGAAAAUACGGAGACGGCGUCCCUUCCGAGCCAGGAAUGCGGUCCGUCCCUCACUUGCGUCGACAAAGUCUGCGUCCCAAAUACAGACAAGCCCUGCGUAAAGAAGGUACAGGAGAGGCUCAAGGACGGCGCCACUUCCGAAAUGGUAUACGGGAGCCCCGCACCGGACUGCGACAUCUACGGCGACUUCAAACCGAAGCGGUGCAAAAAAGGACUCAUAUGCCACUGCGUUGACAAGAAUGGAACGCGAAUUUUCGGCACAGCCCUGCACUCCGAGGCGGACGAAAUGCAUUGCAACUGCUCAAGGCUGCAAGCACUCAGCAUGGCGGUGGCACCCGAGGGGCGACUGCGAUGCACGGCCAACGGAAACCUCAGCCCCCUGCAGUGUUCGGACACUCACUGCUACUGCCUGACCCCCGACGGCCGCCUGGACGGACCGCCCAUUCCCAUCAAGGAACCCAUCCAGAGGCUCAAAUGCUUCAACGCGAACUUUGGACAUGCUGGGAAUCCCGUGUUAACACGCUGCCUCCAUGAGCGCAAGGAAGCAGUGCAGAGGUUCGGGAAGAAGCAAGGAGCGUUCAUCACAGAGCUGAACCACGACCCUCCAACUUGCGACCCAGACGGCUCCUACGCACCUAGACAGUGCAAGGGGAACAAGUGCUACUGCGUGAGUCCCAGUGGAAAGGAGUACGACAUGGAAAAGUACUCCGUGCCUCGUUACUCGAAAGAAGCGGAAGAGAUGACCUGCAAUUGCCUUCGUGAACAGCAGCUGCUCUGGGACGCCGGGCCAUCGGUUGCGUCGAGCAUGCUCGUCACGACGUUCCGACUGCAACGGUGCGCCCGCAACGGCAACUAUCUGCCGAUGCAGUGCACCACACCGUCCUCGUGUCGCUGCGUGGACUCCGAUGGCUACCAGAACUCGCCAGACGUCAUGGCUUGGGAAAGGAAGCGCUUGAAAUGUUACAAGGAAGAGUACGACCAGUACUUCAGAGACGAGAUCGAAGACUUAUGAGGGAAAGACUGACUCCGACUCCCGCCAGAUCUUGACUAAAGAUGGCUUCGUAUCAGUUACAUGAAA